AUGUUAAUAAUGGCGACAAUAAUUCAUCGAGCAAUGAAACAACAUUAUAUUGAUAAUAAAGUCACUUUUCCUAUUUCAAAAGGUAUCAAACGAUUACGAGAUUAUCAAGAGCAAAAGCAAUUAAUAAAAUGUGAUCGAUCAUUAGAACAUCGAAAAAAAGUUCAAAGAAUUAAUGAAAAAGAAGAAGAACAACAUCAACAAUAUCAUUGUCAAGUUUAUCUAAAAUUAUUUCCAUCAACAUUAAAAUGUUCAGUUGAUGUUAUUGUUGAAUCAAUAAAUAAGCAAACGAAUAACAGUGAUGAUAUUGAUUCAAUUUUAAUAGCAAAAACUCGAAUACCAAAAACAAUUAAGCCAGGAGUUAUACGUGUUCGUCUGGUGUCGUCGUUAUUUAGUGCCGAUAUUGAUGUACAUGAAGAACCAUCUCUGAUUAAACUUGAAACAAUCAGAAAUCAACCUUAUCAUAAUCAUUUUGAUAAACAAUUUGCUCUUAUAUUAAAAAACAGUCGAAUCGGCCCAGGCGCUAUUGGUAAAUUAUUUAUUGAAUCGUUAGAUCCAUCAAACGGGUCAUAUACGAAUAAUCCACCUAUUUUUGAACUCAAUCUUAAUAUGGCAUCGGAAUAUGGAAUUCUUUUGACUUCAUCACAUCAGAAAAGUGACAAUAAUGCAAUUUAUACUUCUUUACAAUGUGGUUGUAUUCUUUCUUCGGAUCAAUCUUGCUUAAGUAUCAGUGACAAAUGCAAUUUGACAUUAAACGAUAUGAAACUUAUUCAUCGUCUAUCUGAACCUCUCCGUUGUUCAUGGAAAUCAAUUGGUCGCGAAUUAUCUCCUUGUUUUUCUGAAAUUGAUUUAGAUGAUUUCAAUCAAAGAUAUUUUCUAUCCGACGGAAAUCAAGAAUGUACUUAUCAACUAUUACGAGAAUGGUACAUACGUGAUCCUCAUCAAGCAAAUAUUCGCUAUUUACUAACUCGAUUAAAACUUCCUUUUCACCUUAUUAUGACAAUUCACAACGAUGUUGUGAAAACAUUUUCUUCUUUCUAA